AUGUCUGCGCCUACCUCGACCGGAGCUUGGACUGUUACAGGCAUCUACAAGGACAGUUUUGACGGCCUCCAGUUGAUCAAUGAUGCCCCUGUGCCCAAGAUCUCCGACCAUGAUGUCCUGGUCCAAAUCGAAGCAGUUUCGUUGAACUAUCGAGACCUUGCUAUCCCCAAGGGACUGUACCCAUUUGCCAUGAAAACUCCUGUCAUUGCUGGCUCCGACAGCGCAGGCAUUGUGCUUGCAGUUGGACACAAGGUUACCGACUUCUCCGUUGGUGAGAAAGUCUGUACGCUCUUCAACGAAUUUCAUCAGACCAAUCCAAUCACCCCCGAAGCCGUCGGAAGCGGUCUUGGUGGCGCUGUUGACGGUACUCUGCGCAAGUAUGCAGUCUUCCAUGAGCGCGGGCUUGUGAAGGCACCUUCGUCGCUGAAGCCUGUCGAGGCGAGCACCCUGACUUGUGCUCCGCUGACUGCCUGGAAUGCACUAUACGGCCUUCAAUCAAAGGCCGUCAAGGCAGGGGAUUGGGUCCUGACGCAAGGAACUGGUGGUGUAAGCUUGGCUGCAAUCCAGUUUGCUUCAGCUGCAGGCGCCACAGUGGUUGCCACAACUUCAUCAGACGAAAAGGCAGCUACCCUCAAGAAGCUGGGGGCAAGCCAUGUUAUCAACUAUCGAACAACGUCCAACUGGGGCGAGAUUGCUCGGGGACUGACACCAGAUGGACUUGGUUUCGACCACAUCCUUGAGAUUGGAGGUGCCGCCAGUAUCUCCCAGUCACUCAAGGCCAUCAAGUUCGAAGGAGUCAUCACGAUCAUUGGAUUUCUCACCACGGCCGAUAGCGAUAAGCAGCCAGCUCUGAUGGACGCGCUGAGCCAUAUCUGCACGGUCCGCGGCAUCUUUGUUGGUUCGAAGCAGCAAUUCGUGGAGAUGAACCGAGCUAUCGACUCCGCAAAGAUUGUCCCUGUUGUGGAUGCGAAGAUCUUUGCUUUUGAUGAUGCUAAGGCUGCGUACGAGUACCAGUGGCAGAGGAAGAACUUUGGAAAGGUUGUGAUUCAGAUUUGA